AUGAAUGCAAAGAAAUUAUUCCAGAGCAUAUCUGGAGAAGACUUUGGAGGAGCUGCAGGCUUUGAACCUGUCUAUACAGCCCACCAAAUGAGAAGCAAAAUGCCCAUCGGGGUUCUGCAGACAAUUGGUCUGUGGCUUCUGUUGGCAUCUGAUAUUGCAACACUGGACUGUGAUUUAAUUGUGCAAUAUCAGACAAAAGAGAUUGGGGAAACCAUGGGACUCCUGGAGGCAAUGGAAGGACGGCAAUCACCGCAGAAGUGCCCUGGAGAUCCAGACUUUGGCUUUCCCAUGGUCAAAAUCCGCACAUGCAGCAAAGAGGAUGUAAGAAUGGCAGUAGGGCUGAUCCUUGAGUCCAUCCUAAUAGUAUUUCAGCACAACUUCACCCAAGCACAAUGGAAUGCGACAGCCACAGAGCUUUUCCAAAGGGCCCUUGACCAACAAUGUAUAACAUGGAGGAAGUGCUCUACUGCUGAGAUAACGUUUAAAGACUUCUGUGUAAAGUUAGCAUUGAAGAAAUACUUCAGAAAACUCCAUACAUUCCUUAAAGAUAGACAGUACAGUCUUUGUGCCUGGAAGAGAGUGCGAGAUGAGGUUUCGGUGAUCUAUCCCAUAGUUCUUAAUGAACUUAUGAAAAGGCUGGACAAGUAA